AUGUCUUACUCUAAAAGUGGUGCUAAGGCGUCAAGCAAGAAAAAUGAUACUUCUAAUGUGAGUGGUAGUAAAGGUAGUAGUAAAGGUGGUAAAAAUAAUGGUACUGUUGCCAACAACAGCAGCAACAACAAUAGCAGCAAUGACAAUACUGCUGCUGCUAAUAAUAAUACUGUCAAGCAACAGAUGAACCCUAUCUCUACUCAAAACCCAAUCGAUACUUAUAUCCCAUCAUAUUUAAGUAGAUUAGUUCCGGAAUUAAAUUCUUAUGAACAAUUGCUGGAUGCUGAGAAAAAAAUUGAUAUAUAUUUAGCUAGAAAAAAAAUUGAUUUGAAUCAGAAUAUUAUGCAAUGGUCAGCAACUUCAGACUCAAUGGCGUCCUCCAUGAACAGCGAUAAAAAAUCAUUUGAAACUAAAUUUUUACGUGUUUUUAUUUUCAAUACAGCAGAAAACCAGCCAUGGCAAGAUGAAUCGCAAGAUUUGAGUAAUGCGUCAUGGACUUUAAGAAUUGAAGGGAGACUACUAGAUUCAGAAGAUAUUUCUUCAGAGUCAAGAAAAAAAUUCAGUAGUUACUUCCAAGGUAUAGCUGUGGAUUUCAAAAAAAGUAAAGAAACAGCAGCGCCAUUACAACACAAAACAGAAUCAAACACAGAAGAGGCAGCCGAUGUUGAAAUGACUGAUGCUGAAACCAUUGAAAAUCAAAAGGAAAAUAUUAUCGAUGCAGUGGAAUGGAACUUUGAUGCAAAAAAUCCAGUUCAAUUCGAUGGCCUGGAUAUGAAAAGACCAGGCUCUGAAAACUUAGACUGUACCAUUACUUUGCAACUGCAAAACAUGACAGGUUCCGUUUUAGAAUAUUCAUCACAAUUGGCUUCUAUUAUAGGUUUUGCACAAGGUUCCAUACAGGAUGCUGUCUAUUUUGUCUACAAAUAUUUACUGAUAAAUAAUCUGUUAACAAAGGAACCUUCUUUAAAAUCUGCCAACAACAACAGUUCUGCUAGUGUUAAUAGUACUACAAAUUCAAAUGAUCAAACUAACGGGGAUAAUACUGUUAUUCAAAUCGAUUCGUUGCUAUCAGAGUUAAUAUUACCAGAUCCUUUACAAACUGAGUAUGGAUUUACCAAACCUUCAACACUAACUUUAAAUGAACUAUUGGCUCUAAUAAAUAAACAUGUUUCACCAAUGAAACCAAUUAAAGUAGAUUACACUAUCAAGGUCGAUAAAUCUUCCACAUACGGUGAUGUCGUUUUUGACAUUGCAGUACAAGAACCUGUUGACAAAAACGGUAAAAUACAAAAUAAAGAUAGUUUAUCAUCAGAAGCAAUUUCACUUUUAACAUCAAUAGAUAAUCAACAAUCGGAAAUGAAAUCAAAAUUAGAUGAAUUACAUUAUAACUCAAGGUUGUUACAUUUACAAUUAAAUGAAUCGGCUAAGAAAUACCAAUUUUUCCACAAGAUAGCAGAAAACCCAGUUCCAGCUCUAAAAGAAUAUAUUGAAUCAAGUUCAAAUGCUUUAAAAGUAUUAUCUGGUGAUGAAGGUUAUAAUGAAGAUAUGGUGAGAAGAUCCCAAUUUUAUAAAGAUAAUGAGGACGUGCUAUUUGAAAAUCUUGGUGUGUUGCUAGCUAACGGUCGUAUGUAA